UCUUGUUUGACGAGACUGGCUGAUUAGGCAAAAUUCGAUAUUUUUGGGGGCGGGUAAUACUAUCCCAUUUAAAUCGUUCUUUUUUAACAAAUAAUACUAUCCCUAAUUUUGUAUUUGGAAUGCAAACCAAAGUGUGGAAUAUUUUCCUAGUGUCCCUCAAAUAGACUGAAUAUUGAUGGUUCUUUGGAAAGUGCUCUUCUGUCUACCUUAAGUUGUUUGAAUGACCAACAUUUUUAACCGAAGGGUAGGGAAUGAAUAGUUAAUUAUAAACGUCAAUAGAAGGGGUUUUCGAGCUCAAAAAGUAAGCUAUGGACAUUCGGCACUUUAAAUGCUCCAUGGUAUUCGCUAUCGCAUAUCAUAUCUGAUAGCGCCUUUUUUCGUUUGCGGCCCAGUGUUACCCUUGCGCUCAAAUGGAAUGCCAAUAUCUGACAAUCAUGGGGAGACAUUAAUGCCAAUGUUUUUUCGAGAUAAGGCUUGUAGUGGUUUGAGGUUAGCCCCCUCAAUUCGCUCCACCGACUCUCUGUCGACUGAGCUAUCGACGCGAAAAACAUUUCCUCUAUCUCUGGGAGACACUAAGAGUUUACACUUCCCGGCUUAAGCCUCGCAACCUCCUCGAUUCACACGCUGAAGAAGAUCGUUUGCUCGACUUUGGGUGACGAGGAAGAGAGUAAUUAUCCGUAAAAAACAGAUUACGACAGACGGGCGGAACUUUCUGUUCCGGCAAACGCAUGGUUAACAGUUUUGUCGACAGUGUUAUUGGAUUAUUUUAAUGCAGGCCAAAUAUUGCUGACAAAUUGAGUAUCCGGAAUUGUUACAAAGAUUUGCCGUCAAGUACCGGAUAAAGUAAUAUAUCCCGGUUGGCACGCUAGACUUUGUGAGAAUUAGUCGUGGUGUGUUACAUGGCGCGCUAGACUCUGUAAGUGCAUCGCUAAUUCAGUCGUAGUGUUACAGGUUUGUGAGAGCUCCUUCGAGUCAGUCGAAGUUGUUACAGAUCGGCACGGUGAACGCUGCGAGCACUUUUUCUUUUGAACAUGAAUAUUACUAACUAUACGUUCGCUAACGUAUCUGCGGGAGUACCCAGAAUACCGCCGCUUGACAUGACCUCGACAGAGCGCAUCGCCAAGAUCGUGGUUUGCUUUGUCAUCAUCUUCACCGCGUUAGUCGGCAACGCCCUUAUAAUUGUCGUCGUGUGCCGUAACGCGAAUAUGCGUAAGACCAUCAACUACUUCAUCGUCAAUAUGGCCGUGUCCGACCUCGCUAUUCCCCUGUUCGUGUUGCCGAGGGUGAUCUCGGAGAACAUCACGAGUUACGAGUUCCUCCCUGAGUGGCGAGUGUCGGGCGCGGCGGGGGAGGCAUUGUGUAAACUCGUCUACUUCACCUCGGAUCUGUCGCCCGCCGUGUCCAUCCUCAGCCUAAUCUGCAUCACAUUGGACCGCUUCUGCGCGGUCGUGUUCCCGAUGAAGCGCACGCUGAUCACCUCGCGGGUCCGCGUUCUACUGAUCGUGUUCACCUGGCUCUUCUCGGCAGCGUUUCUCUCGCCCUCGUUCUACACCAUGCAGCUGGUUCGCUCCCCCAGGUUACACACCUUGCACUGUCUGAUGCGAUGGAGUCAGGACCGCGUGCGGCACGUCGCUAUCCACCGCGCGUACAUCACAGCAACUUGCGUCGUGUUCGUCAUCGUCCCCAUGGUGCUCCUCACAGGCAUGUACGUCGCCAUCAUGGUGGUGGUCCGGAUGGCCUUCCUCACGCGGCAAGUAAAGCAAGGCAGCGCGGCACAGCGCAGGCAGCAGGCCAACAAUAACCGGCUCUUGCGCCUCGCUGUGCUAACUGUCAUCUCGUUCACCGUGUGCUGGGGGCCGUACAACAUCUACCUUUUCUUGCAGAGCUUUGUGUGGAACUGGAAACCGCAGACUAACGGGCACGGCGCGCGCGUGCUGUCUGAUGUCGUGGUGUUUCUUACAUACUCCAACAGUAUGAUCAACCCGUGCCUUUACUUCGUGUUUAUUGAGAACUACAGGCGCGGCCUGAAGCGUGUGUUUACAGUCACACGCGAUGCUGAGAGCAGGAGCACAGUGCAGACCCGGCUCAUAGAGGGAUCAACCCGCGCGUCCACCCGCAAGAGAGUUUCUAAGCUCACUGCCGACAUCUCACUGGACGCCCUCGACAACCCUCCCGCCACCACAUCAUCAUCGGAGCCUCUCACCAUGCCAGCGAAAGAGCAUUUGCGCUCUUCCAAAACUCUAUAAGUGUCUCGUAGCACAGUCCUUGGCAUCGUCAUCGGAGCCUCUCACCAUGCAGCUCAUGCAGCUAGUAAACAGAAUUUUCGCUCUACCAAAACUCUCGUAGCGUAGUCCUCAAGCGAGCUACUAAGAAGAGCAUUACCGAAAAAGACCAUGCUUAGUACUUAUUUCAGACCAGUUUCAGAAAGUACAACGCACUUUUUCUAAAAAAGCGAAACUAAUUUUAGCUAUUCAAGUUAUAACACAUCCACGAACGGAUAAAUCGUGAAAUAUUUUUUACGCCGUGUUAUGGUUUGCCGUCCUCGCUCCUCUUAACAUACUAGCGCUAAGUAACUUUCUAGGAAGUGACUAAGUUGUAACCAUUAGCAAUAUCAUUUCACAUGAAAAAACACAAACCUAACAAGGGGGAUAUGUUCUAAUCACUCUGGGUAAAUAUUGCCGAAAUAUCAAUUUACAAACUUAUCUAUAUUCAUCUCGCACAUUCGAGUUAGGCAGCUUGGGGUUAGACAAUAGACAGAGGGGAUAAAAAACAUAUUAAAAAAAAAAGAAAUGGAUAGCCUUGGGAUUGUCAUGCAAAAAGUGAACAAGAAGGAUUUCUAAAGUGAUGAGUAGAAACAAUAUCGAAUUGCUUCUACUUCAUUUUCAUGAAUACAAAGGAAGUAAAUGAAAUAAUGUUAAAGUUACACUAAUACUAAAAAAAAUAUAUCAAUAGACGCAUCCGGAUAUUAAACAUGGUCGCCAUGGACAA